UUUCUCUGAAAAUCAAAGCCCAUCUCUUCUUCUUUUUUCCCCCUAAUUUCUCACUUCCCCCUCCUUUCGCGUCUCGAGCUUCGAAUUCGACAAAUCCCUAAUUCCAAAAUCCUCUCGAAGAUGUCGUCUUCUCGGGAAGAGAAUGUGUACUUAGCCAAGUUAGCUGAGCAAGCUGAACGUUAUGAGGAAAUGGUUGAAUUCAUGGAGAAAGUUGCAAAGACUGUUGACACCGAUGAGCUUACUGUCGAAGAGCGAAACCUCUUGUCUGUUGCCUACAAGAACGUCAUUGGUGCUAGGAGAGCUUCCUGGAGGAUCAUAUCUUCCAUUGAACAGAAGGAAGAAAGCAGAGGAAACGAUGAUCAUGUUUCCAUUAUCAAGGACUACAGAGGGAAGAUCGAAACCGAGCUCAGCAAAAUCUGUGAUGGAAUACUCAAUCUUCUGGAUUCUCACCUUGUUCCCACUGCAUCUUUGGCUGAGUCCAAAGUCUUUUACCUCAAAAUGAAAGGAGAUUACCACAGGUACCUUGCUGAGUUUAAGACUGGUGCUGAGAGGAAGGAAUCUGCAGAGAGCACUCUGGUUGCUUACAAGUCAGCUCAGGAUAUUGCACUUGCUGAUUUAGCUCCUACUCAUCCGAUUAGAUUGGGACUUGCUCUUAACUUCUCUGUCUUCUACUACGAGAUUCUCAACUCACCUGAUCGUGCCUGCAGUCUCGCAAAACAGGCUUUUGAUGAGGCCAUCUCUGAGCUUGACACAUUAGGAGAAGAAUCAUACAAAGACAGUACACUGAUAAUGCAACUUCUCCGUGACAAUCUGACCCUAUGGAAUUCUGACAUCAAUGAUGAGGCGGGCGGUGAUGAGAUCAAGGGGGCCUCAAAACAUGAGCCGGAAGAAGGGAAACCAGCAGAGACAGGGCAGUGACCAGAGAGAGAGGGAGAGACAUUUCUUAGUAUGUGUGGUACGGAUUUUCCAAAAAACAUAUGAUGAUUAUGGGAUUUGUAGAAGCAGAGAGAAAGAUCAUUAUUUGAUUUUCUCCUUGAAAACUCAAAAAACUCUGUUCUCUUUUUUUUUUAAUGGGUUUUAAAGCUGUUGAGUCUUUGAUUCCGUCUUCGUUGCUUGUUAGUAAUUACUAAUUAGGAAGUGAAGAAACAAAACUUAGAAUUA